UCUAAUCGGAAAUCACUCCUUAUCCCCCAACUGAACGUCACCAACAAAAAUAUCUCAUACAGCAAGCCAGCCACACUCCCAAUCCACCCUACAGAUUCUUCAAUUUCAAUCAUAACCUCCCAAACCCUAACCCUAAUUUCCAUUUCCCCAAUUCAAUGAACCACAUCUGAUUCAAUCUCAAUCUUCUUCAACACAAUGGACGUCACCUAUCUUCACCAAACCAAAUGCAUAUCCAAUCUCCAUUCAACUCAUCAUCAUCCUCUCUCUGUUCUCUCUAGGGUUUCAAUUUCAAUUUCAAAACAUUACCAGCAUAAUGCUCGCCGUUCGUUACGGUUAGGCGUUCGGAACAUGUGUAUGGCUUCUAGCUCCGACACACUCGUCUCCGGUAAGUCUUCUUCUCCAACUGUCGCCAGCAAAAAAAAUAUAGAGGAAGAAGAAGAAGAUUUGAAAUCGUGGAUGCAUAAGAACGGUUUGCCUCCGUGUAAAGUAGUUCUUAAAGAUAGAGUUGCGUAUGAUUCACGGCAUCCUCCUAUUCAUUAUGUUGCAGCUAGUGAGGAUUUGCAGGCAGGUGAUACUGUAUUUUGUGUUCCGAAUUCGUUGCUGGUUACGCUUGAGAGAGUUUUGGGGAAUGAGACUGUCGCUGAACUGUUGACGACUAACAAACUGUCGGAGUUGGCUUGUCUUGCAUUGUAUCUAAUGUAUGAGAAAAAACAAGGGAAAGAGUCUGUCUGGUAUCCAUAUAUAAGAGAGCUUGAUCGUCAGCGUGGUAGGGGACAGCUAGCUGUCGAAUCGCCACUCUUGUGGUCUGAAUCUGAACUGGAUUAUCUGACAGGCAGUCCAAUUAAGGAUGAAGUUCUUGAAAGAGCAGAAGGCAUCAGAAAAGAGUAUAACGAGCUUGACACUGUUUGGUUUAUGGCUGGAUCCCUAUUUCAGCAAUAUCCGUUUGAUAUCCCUACAGAGGCCUUUUCAUUUGAGAUAUUCAAACAAGCCUUUGUAGCAGUCCAAUCUUGUGUUGUGCAUUUACAGAAUGUGAGUUUGGCACGAAGGUUUGCAUUGGUUCCUCUUGGACCUCCCCUGUUGACCUAUAGGAGCAACUGUAAGGCAAUGUUGACAGCUGUAGAUGGAGGUGUUCAAUUGGUUGUUGAUCGCCCGUACCUAGCUGGACAAUCUAUUGUAGUUUGGUGUGGGCCACAACCUAAUUCAAAGUUACUCAUCAAUUACGGUUUUGUUGAUGAAGACAACCCUUAUGACCGCGUGGUAGUUGAGGCAGCAUUGGAUACGGAGGAUCCUCAAUAUCAAGACAAGAGAUUGGUUGCUCAAAGAAAUGGAAGACUAACCAUACAGCCUUUUCAGGUUAAAGUGGGGAAGGAAAGAGAAACCAUUCUAGAUAUGCUUCCGUAUAUGAGGUUAGGUUACGUUACAGAUCCUCUAGAGAUGGAGUCUGUUAUAUCUUCUCUGGGUCCGGUAUGUCCGGUAAGCCCUUGUAUGGAAUAUGCAGUUUUGGACCAAUUAGCUACUUAUUUCAGAGAAAGACUGGCAGGUUACCUCACUACUCUAAGCGAAGAUGACGCAUUGUUGGCAGAAUGUGAUAUAGAUCCCAAGAAACGAGUUGCUACACAGCUUCUGAGGUGUGAGAAGAAAAUAUUAAGCAGAUGCUUGGAGGCGACUAUUGAUCUCAUAAACGAGUUACCAGACCUCUCUUUAUCUCCAUGCCCAGCUCCUUAUGCCCCUCUAUUAAGAUGAAAUUGGAUAAUCUUCAUAAAUUUUGGGAAUCUUGUGAGUUUCAGUGUCCAGACAAAUAUGCAGAUUAGCAUGGAAAAACAUGAAAUCUGGUGGUCAUCAUGUUCUUUUGAAACCAUCUGUUGAUACUUGAUACCCAGGCCUAUUUUAUUUGUUGUAUAAACCAGAAACAUUCAAGUCUUGUACAGUUUAUGGACCAAAAAUGCUUCUGAUAUAUUUGAACCUGAUUGUUUCUCUAAAAUAGCCUAAUUACAAAGCAAGUGAUAAA